GGAGAUCACUCUCGUCAAGCCCAUGCAAGAAUGGUGGCGGGGGCUUUUCCGCUCGUGAAGCUCGGAUAUCUGGCCGUCAAGCAAAUAAGCAAGCCAUUAGCAAACGUAAUCAAGCUACGAGCCAAGAAACAUCCUUUCUUCAGAAAAUAUGUUUGCAUGCCUCCUGCUCAAAUUUACCAUUGGAUGGAAGUUAAUGUUCGUAUGAGAAUGCUGGGUCUUGGGAAAGCACAGAGCGUGGAAAGAUUAAGUGAAGAAAUGGCCAUCGAAUUGGGUGCAGAAAUGCUUGGGGAGUUCGUUAUCUUCUCUAUGGCGGCAGUUACAGUUGUGCUCGAAUACAAACGUUCAUCUAAAAAAGAAGCUCUGAAGGAAGAAAAGCAGAAACAUGAUUUUCUCAUGCUUCAACAGAAACUGCAGGACCUUGACUUGAUUUGCAUGGUUCAGGAAGCUCAGAUACGAGAGCUGCAACGAUCUGUAGAUGCUUUAGCGAGUAAAUCUAAAAAAAAAUGAACAAGACUUAAAACAUGAUUGUGAUUUUAAAAUCUUUUUUUUUUUUUUUUACAAUGUGUGGAUGCUUUUUUCUGCUAACUGAAGAAUUGGAGACUGUAAAGAAUAUGGCAGUAGAUUAUUUUUUGUUUGCUUUAUGUAAAGACUUUGUGAAGAAUACUGAGAAAUAAGCUGCAGUCUUUUAUGAUAAACUUCAUUUUGCCAUCAUUUACAAUCAUUCAUAUCACUGAUAUAGUAUUAGUAAGUGCUAGUCACCAAUAGAAUUGCAGUUUUGAUUGACAGCUAAUUUGAUGCCAGAUGUAGAGGUUUCUUUUAAUGUAGAAUAUGCUGAUUCUACUGCCACUAAAUAACCAGUUCAUUAGUAUUUACCUGUGCUAUUUUUAAGACAAUAUUCAUUAACUAUAAUGUAAAAUUUGUUUCUCUGAAAUCUUAAAUUAAUGCAUAUAAUUGUGUAAAAUGCAUCCAAUAUGAAAUGAAUGCUAAUAUUCAUCUAUGCAUGUUCAUGGAAGCAUCAAAAUGAGAAAGAGGAUGCAUAUGCAGUAUGUAUGUGUUCUGGGUCUUUUGAAAGUGCAUGUAUUUUUCUUGAUUCUAGCAUUAUCAGCUAAAACGUAAUCCUUUUUACAAGUCAAGGUCGGAUUAUACUUAUUUCAAAAGAUUUGUUUACAGUGUAAAAUAACUUUAUGACCUUUAACAAUUUAUACUAUUUGAAAAGUGUUUUUAGUAAGAUAUGAGCUUAGGAUAUUCAGAAGUUAAUUUUUAAUUAUCCCAGAGGGCAAUUCAAGACAAUCAAAAGAACAAAAAAUACCUGCAAACCCAACAUACUCAUAUCUGCCAAAUCGACUCAUGCAUUCAUGAUUAGGACAACUCCAUUUAUUUGCACACAGUAACAUUCAGAAGAUGCACGGCCGAAACAACAAAAAACAACCUCAGUAUGUUGGUCCUCCAUGCAGGUACAUAGAAUCAAUGAAAAUAUUCUCUUGACAGGACGUGUCUGUCAUCACGAAUGAUUUCAGACCUUCUGAAAGUGUCUGCCUGUGAUAUAGAAUUUGAAGAGCACUCUGGGCUGUCCCAGUGACUUUAGAGCAGGUGGAUACAACAUCAUUUCAGCUGCUCUUGUCCUUCACUGAUAAACUGUUGUUAAAACAUAAAUGAGAAAGACAGCAUGCUCUCUAUAUGCUAUCUAUAAAAGAGCUAAAGAAAUUGCUUGGAGACAGAGAAAGACUUCAACAUCCAGAGAAGAAAUGGGUGCUGUUGAGCCUUCUUCAGAACAGAGAAGUCUCCUAUUGAAUAUGGUGCCCCAGGUAUUUAAAAGUAGAGUCAAUUUCCACCUCUUUGUUAUGGAUGACACUUCGUUACAUUAGCCAUCAUUGUGGAGACUAUUUUGCUGUGUAACUUUUUUUUUUGGCAGCAUAGCAAUAUUUAUGAUGAUGUAAAAUGUGUUUAUAAAGAGGUGUAAUAAUGCCUUUCACUCCCUGUGAUGAUUACAAUUGACAAUAUGACAAAUUAAAUGAUAAACAUCAUCCAAUUUAUA